UUGUCAGGUAGCUGUGCUCGGAUAUUACAAUUCAAAUAAUACAGGCUACAAUGCAGCGCAAUUCCCAAAUUUGGAGGCUAGACUCAGUAUUUCAAAUUAUCAGAUGCCGCGGCUUCUGUGGGACCCCGUUCGAGAAUUCGAUGGGCAAUUUUAUCAAAGCUGGUAUGUCAGCACAAUCGAAAAUGUGUCACGUGAUAAAGGCCGAGACGCUCGAAAAGUAUCCGCUGGUUCGGCGACUGUUUGUUUUUCCACAUAGACUAACUUUAACUUAACUUACCCCAGAUAAUUUAUUAUAAACCAGCCUUUACCCAUACUUUCUAUAAGUUACCCGCCAACGCGCUCUACUUUUACUUCUCGUCAAAUCACUAAGUGACCUCACUAAUUGACCUCUACCCCCACCAAAAACUUUCCUUCCCCUCACCACCCGCCCACCUCGCGAUCUCGACACAUCGCCGAACCCCGUCUCAAAACCUCACCCACGAAAAAUCAAGCAAACUGUUUUCCUCCGCCUUCCGCCGCUCCGCCAAUCUCCUCAGAAGUAGCUCGGGACUCCCUCUCGUCGCCGCAGCUUCCCUCACGAAACAGAAGUCCACCGCGCCCGCGCCCGUCUUCGCUCGCUCGCGCACGAUGCACAGCAAGGUCGUCAUCAUCGGCUCCGGCCCCGCCGCACACACGGCGGCCAUCUACCUCGCGCGCGCGGAGCUCAAGCCCGUGCUGUACGAGGGUAUGAUGGCGAAUGGUAUUGCUGCUGGAGGACAGCUCACCACCACUACCGAUGUCGAGAACUUCCCCGGUUUCCCUAACGGUAUUGGCGGCAUGGCGUUGAUGGAGAACAUGCGCAAGCAAUCCGAGCGCUUUGGCACAGAAGUCGUCUCCGAAACGGUCGCCAAGGUCGACCUCUCUUCGCGCCCAUUCAAAUACUGGCUCGACUACGCAGAGGACGCCGAGCCCCAUACCGCCGACGCCCUGAUCAUCGCAACCGGUGCAUCAGCGCGCCGUCUCGAUCUCCCUGGAGAGGACAAAUACUGGCAGAACGGUAUCUCGGCAUGCGCAGUGUGCGAUGGUGCCGUGCCCAUCUUCCGCAACAAGCCGCUGGUCGUGAUUGGCGGUGGAGAUUCGGCUGCUGAGGAGGCGCUCUUCCUGACCAAGUACGGUAGCCAUGUUACCGUGCUGGUUCGCAAGGACCACCUGCGCGCGAGCAAGACGAUGGCGAAGAGGCUGUUGGCGAACAAGAAGGUUACCGUGCGCUUUAACAGCGUUGGUGGCGAGGUGACGGGUGAUGACCGUGGACUUAUGUCGCAUAUGAUGGUGAAGAACGUGGUGACUGGCGAGGAGGAGAAGUUGGAGGCGAACGGACUUUUCUACGCCGUUGGCCACGACCCAGCAACUGCGCUGAUCAAGGGACAGCUCGAGACGGAUGCGGAGGGUUACCUAGUGACCAAGCCAGGAACGAGUUAUACCAACAAGGUUGGUGUUUUCGCGGCUGGUGACGUGCAGGAUAAGCGUUACAGACAGGCCAUUACGAGCGCGGGAAGCGGAUGCAUCGCGGCGCUGGAGGCGGAGAAGUACAUCAGUGAGCUUGAGGAUGGAGAGCACCUGCCGCUGGAGGAAGAGGAGAAGGGCGCGAAGAAGGGUGUGACCGAUGCGGCGCCAGAGUACAGGACGAACCCGCUGUUGUAGAUGAUGGUGGACGGGAUGGAUAUUGACUAGAUACAACAUAGACUACGCUGACUUUUCUUGGCAGCAGCGAUAAAAAUGUACAUGAUUUUAGAUCCUACCAUGGUUUCUUAUUCCAACGUACGUGCCUAGAGCUUAAAUUAUAAGUUUUAUCAAAUAUUUGCCCACUAGAUAUGCGCCUACUGUACGGAGGUGGCUAGUGAAAGUAGUCGGCAGGUGGGCUCUAAGGCCGACAGAAGCG